GGUAAUUCAAGAUAAAAAUAAGUACAACACACCUAAAUACAGGAUGAUAGUUCGUGUAACCAACAGAGGUAUCAUCUGUCAGAUUGCUUAUGCACGCAUAGAAGGAGAUAUGAUAGUUUAUGCUCAUGAACUCCCGGCUUAUGCUCAUGAACUCCCAAAGUAUGGUGUGAAAGUUGGCCUGACAAAUUAUGCUGCAGUAUAUUGUACCGGCCUGCUGCUGGCCCGCAGGCUCCUUAAUAGGUUUAGCAUGGACAAGAUCUAUGAAGGCCAAGUGGAAGUGACUGGAGAUGAAUACAAUGUGGAAAGCAUUGAUGGUCAACCUGGUGCCUUCCCCUGCUAUUUGGAUGUAGGGCUGGCCAGAACUACUACUGGAAAUAAAGUUUUUGGGGGCCUCAAGGGAGGAGUGGUUGGAGGCUUGUCUAUCCCUCCCAGUACCAAACGAUUCCCUGGUUAUGAUUCAGAAAGCAAGGAAUUCAAUGCAGAAGUACAUCGAAAGCACAUCAUGGGUCAGAAUGUUGCAGAUUAUAUGUGUUACCUAAUAGAAGAAGAUGAAGAUGCAUAUAAGAAACAAUUCUCUCAAUACAUAAAGAACAACGUAACUCCAGACAUGAUGGAGGAGAUGUAUAGGAAAGCUCAUGCUGCUAUACGAGAGAACCCAGUCUAUGAGAAGAAGCCUAAGAAAGAAGUUAAAAAGAAGAGGUGGAAUCGUCCCAAAAUGUCUCUUGCCCAAAAGAAAGAUUGGGUAGCUCAGAAGGCAAGCUUCCUUUGAGCUCAAGAGCAGGCUGCUGAGAGCUAAUAAACCAAACCACAAUUUUCUAUGAAGAUUUUUCAGAUAAAGACAA